AUGGGUGUGACAGUGAAGAUCAACAAUGUUGAUAUUGACAACAGAUUUGUUGUGCCCUAUAAUCUACUGCUGUUAAUGAAAUAUCAAGCUCACAUAAAUCUUGAGUUAUUUAACAAGUCAAACGUCAUUAAGUAUCUUUUUAAGUAUGUCAAUAAGGAUCCGGAUUGGGUGACUGCAACUGUUAAAGAAACAUAUGAUGUUGGUGAAUCUUCUCAGGUGGUUAAUGAGAUCAAACAGUAUUAUGAUUGUCAUUAUUUAUCACCGUCUGAAUCCAUGUGGAGAAUUUUUGCUUAUGAUAUUCAUCAUAGAUGGCCGUCGGUACAAAGGUUGACUUUUCACUUGCUGAACCAGCAACAUGUUGUAUUCGAUGAUGCUGAUAUCACUACUCAUGUUUAUUUGUGCAACAAAGAUUUGCUGACGAUGUUUACGGGUUGGAUGAUGGCCAACAGGCGGUUCCCAGAGGGGCGGUCUUUAACAUAUGUUGAAUAUCCAGGAAAAUUUGUCUAUUGUUCGAAUAGCAGGGAGUGA